AUGAUAACACUAGUUGUUGUCGAGGAUAUUCAUGCUGACAUAUUGCCAUCGAUUUGCCAUUCCAAGAAUUCGAAUUCCAUUGAGUUCAACGCGACAGACAUAAUGCUGUCUCACCUUGUCCUGAGUUUGUCGAAAUUGGUUGCUGCAACAUGUCAGCAAAAUACACUGCAUUUGGCUAUCUGCAUCUGGCGCUGGGCGUGGGGCCUCUGUGGUGGUCCUGAUGUGCCCCAUGCCGCAUUGUCUGUAUCUACAGUCAACACAGAGAGCCGCGGCGUGGGGAUCAAGCAGAGUCAGCUCUCUGUGAGCUCCCACAUUGUACAAGAGGAUGAAUUGUUGAAAGCCGUAAGAAGCAACGAACCAUUGCGUCUAACGUUCACUCUCCACUUGACUGAGAGUACAUCCGUCGAGUGGGAGACCGUAGCAUGGCGCCGCUGUCUAUAUAUUCGCGUACCCAGCUGCCUUCUGCCUGAAGGAUCAAAAGAGGGCUUUGUUUCGCUCCUAGAAUAUGCCGAAGAAACACUACGCUGCACCAAUAUCAUUGUUUGCCUUCGCAAAGAUAGAUCAGACCGAGCAAUGCUGGUUCGUACCUUCAUGUUCUUGGGUUUCACGGUCCUGCCGCCAACUCAUGCCUUGGUACCACCAGGCAGUGACGCUGGCAAUCUCUACAUGCUCUAUGCCAUCGAGUAAUCGGCAAGCAGUUCUGCCUCUCAAAUUUAACGCGCAGGUACUACCAAGUCUAAGGUAAAAUUCUGAAAAGAAGGACAAUUGGAAUUUUGGGAAACAGCACUUUUUUCUUUUAUAUUUUAAGUUUUACUAUACAUAUAUAAUUUGCUUUUCGUUAUUAGUUCCAAAUUGGGAAAUAUAUAAAUUUUAUUUAUAUCAAACGAUUAUAUUUAGUGCAGAAAAACUUCGGCGUUAAAUUAAAGAGGCUUAAUGAGAAAA